CGAACACCUUUCCUGAAGAUUACUGUCAACUUGAACUAUCUAUGUCACCGAGAGCGGCCCCGGGAGACUGGAGCUGAGCCAAGAGCGUGGCAUCCGGGCGGUCGUAAGUGCGGGCCGUUUGUUGGUCUUCGGUUGCCGUCGGCGAUCUCGUGGAGCCAACAGAAGAAAUAAUGGCUUUAACAUUGCAGCCAUUUGUUUAUUGGUGGAUGAGAAGACCUGCAAUUUCUAUUUUUAUAUAGAAUUUAAGCUUUCUCCAGAUACCUACCAUGUCAGAGCCAAUAUUAUGAAAUAAUAGCUCUUCAAAUUUCCACACCCCCAGCAUGAAGUAUAUUUCCAACGAGACUCUUUUGUAAUCAGCUGCAUGGUUUCAACUUUGAGUUGCUUUUCACUAUGUUUGAAAUUGGAACAUACCACUGAUUUAACAAAAUCAUUUUCCUUGAAUAGUUUUGAACUUCUUUAAGAAGGUGUAUGUUUUUGUUGCAAUGGGGACAUCCUUAUGCUGUUCGCAGUAAGUCUUCAUCUUUUAAAGGAUAGAAAACCCAUGGAGGCUCAGCAUAAGUUGCAAGUAACCUAAUAUGUAGAGCUGCUCUGUGAUGAGAAAAAAUGUAUGCCAUCAGGAGAACUGUUUUUCAAACUUCUCCAUGCAUGCUGGCUCCUCUAUGUUUUUUAUUUCAUAGUCAUUCUUGGAAGUUGCCCUGCAUUCAGUUGGAGCAUAUGAAGCUUGAACCUUGCAAGCAUUUAAUGUUAUUACAUUAUGGCUCCACAAAAACUGUUGUAGUCUCAAAGCCCAAGUCUGAACAAUUCGGAAUCUUUUUCUCAACUACAACUGAGCCAAUAUUAGUUCAAGCUCGUGAUCCAUCUCGACUUGCCUUAAAUAUAGUAAGUGCAAUUGAAGAAGAAAGGUUUGAAGAUGCUUUGAAGGAAUAUGAGCAGCAUGUGCAUAUGGAUGGCUUUCCUAGGAAAUCAAUUUUAAACAAGCUCAUUGCGGGUCUUACUGAGAGUUGCGAUGCCUGUUGGCUUGAAAAAGCUUCUAAUAUAGUCGAUCUCAUCUUUAAUGAGAAGAAGCAUGAUCUUUUGGAUAAAGAACCUCUCCUUUUUCUUUCAUUCAUCCUUGCAAGGUGCCAACAACCCAUUCUUGCCUCAAAUGUGUUGCGAAAAUUGGUUCAGAUGGAAGAAUUUCCCCCUGUUUCAGCUUGGUCUGGUGUCAUAGGCCAUUUGUGUCAAGCUGAAAAUGGUGCCUUUCUUGCAGCUGAGCUUAUCAUGGAGAUUGGUUAUCUCUUCAAGGAUAAUAGGGUAGACCCUAGGAAGAAGAGCAAUAGGCCAUUGCUAGCAAUGAAGCCAAACUCUUUUGUUUUUAAUUUGGUACUGGCUGGAUGCAUAUUACAUGGUGUUACAAGAAAAGGUGAUCAACUUCUUGAACUAAUGCCUCGAGUUGGGGUGAAGGCUGAUGCUGGUUUGCUGAUUGCAAUGGCUCAGAUAUAUGAGAAAAAUGGGUGGAGGGAUGAGAUAAAUAAACUGAAGCGGUAUGUUGAUGAGAUGUGUGGUCUCAACGACUCCCAAUUGCAGCAGUUUUAUAAUUGCUUAUUGUCCUGCCAUUUGAAAUUUGGUGACUUGGAUUCUGCAUCAGGUUUGAUAUUGGAUAUGCUCAGAAAAGCUAGCGAAGCAAAACGUUCUCUGGCUGCUGCCAAAUCAGUACUAGAAGCUGUUGAGGGUGGAAAGGUCUCUCAUCUUCAUAAUUCUGAAACUGAGAAAUUAGAGUUUACUGAGAAAUUUGUGUUGCUUAAAACCCAACCUCCAACUUUUACUGAGUUUACUAAGGACAGAAACUUUUCAAGGCUUGAAGCUGAGGCAAGGGAAUCACUUUGUUUGUUGUCAGAAAAGUUGAAGGCUCAUGUUGAACUGGUUAGAUCUAAAGAUGGCAUUCUCCAUCCAACUGAGAAAAUCUAUGCAAAACUUGUGCGGGGAUUCCUGGAAAUGAAUAGGAUUAAUGAUUUGGCAGCAUUUCUUAUCAAAGCUAGUAAAGAGGAAGCGCCAGUCUCUGUAGAGAACUCAGUUGUUGUUCAGGUGAUAGAUGCAUGUGUUUCUCUGGGUUUGUUGGACCAAGCACAUGACCUCUUAGAUGAGAUGAGAUUUUCUGGAGUCAAAGUAGGUUCUUCUAUUUAUUCUUCUCUUUUGAAGGCCUAUUGCAAGGAGAAUCGUCAAGCUGAGAUCAGUGCACUUUUAAAAGAUGCUCGUAAGGCUGGGAUUCAGCUUGAUUCAAGCUGUUAUGAGUCUUUGAUACAAUCUAGGGUGAAUCAGAAUGAUUCAACUGGAGCACUUCUUCUUUUUAAAGAGAUGAAAGUGUCGAAUAUAUCAAGAUCUGGUAAGAAUGAGUUUGAGAAGUUGGUGGAAGGCUGUUCAGGGAGCGGUGAAGCUGGCCUGAUGUCUAAGCUACUUGAAGAAAUCAAAUACAACCAAAAGGUUGAUUAUGGUGUUCACGAUUGGAAUAAUGUGAUACAUUUCUUCUGCAAGAAAAAGAUGAUGCAUGAUGCACAGAAAGCUAUGAACAAGAUGAGGGCUUUGGGAUACAUCCCCAACGCCCAGACGUUUCACUCAUUGGUCACUGGCUAUGCUGCUAUAGGAGGGAAGUACGUCGAAGUUACAGAUUUGUGGGGCGAAAUGAAAGUAAUUGCAAGUUCCAGCCCAAUGAAAUUUGAUCAAGAGUUGUUGGAUUCCUUCUUGUAUUGUUUUGUGCGAGGUGGUUUCUUUCUUCGGGCCAUGGAAGUCAUUGAGAUGAUGGAGGCAGAAAAAAUGUUUAUUGAUAAGUACAAGUAUAGGUCACUUUGGCUGAAGUAUCAUAGGACAUUAUACAAAGGAAAAGCACCCAAGAUCCAGACUGAGGCUCAGUAUAAGAGGAGAGAAGCAGGUUUGUGCUUCAAGAAAUGGAUAGGUUUGACAUGAACGACAAUGGAAUGCUGGACCUUCGACUUUAAUCAAGCACUUCAGUCACUAUUAAGCCUUGGAUCUCCAUAAUAUGCCUGCUGCGUUUUAAGAGAGGUAUGAAAUGGUAGCUUAGAGAAGUAUGGUUUAAAACGCAUUUAUCUUAACAAAAAAUAUAUAUUGCCUUGUCUUAUGUUGCGUUCCCAACCAGCAUGACGGGUUUCUUAAUAGAGAAGUGCCGAGCAGCUCUUUGUUUCCAUCUCUCUACUUGCUGAAGCUUUGGAGAAAAAACACAGAAAGCUUGCAUAGAAGAGAUGUCUUCUCCCUUUUUGAUACAAGAUAUAGGCAUAUCCUGUUUGGAUAGACAGUGUAAUUCUUCCAUCGUCCAUUUCCCCAUCCUUCAUUUGAUGGAAGUCCAUCUUGUUUUAGGAUAUUCAUAUUUCUCUCAAGAAUAAAUUAUUCUACGGUAGAUGUAUUGAUUUGAUUGCUAUACAUCAGGGAAUACUAAAUUCCUUUUAUACCUCUGGUUUUUAGUAAACUGGAGCUGCUAAGCUUUUUUAGUUAUCCUCCUAUCAUGGAUUGGAAGGAAGAUGGAGGACUAGAGAGUCAAGAAGAGUAGGAAGUUCAUAGGAGAUUAUUCUUAUGCAAUAUUGAAAAACUAUUUGGAGAAAGACUUAUUUUCUUAUUCUGAACAACCCAAAGUAUGUUGUUCAUAGAGGAUGCAUAAGCCAAAUAGAGAGCCAAGGGGUGAGCGCAAAAAAACACACAGCUCAUCUUGAUCUGUCGGUUGGGAGCUUAGGAUAUCAAUUAAGAGGUCUUGGGUUCGAGUCUUGUGUAUGCGAUGUGUGUGAGAGUCUGUCUUAAUUGGCCUAAAUGCCCCCCUCCCCCCAGCCCACACCCACAAAAAAAAAAAACCCAAAAAAGCCAAGCGGCGGGAGCUUCCCCACAUGAACAGCAGGAUAGGAGAUAUCCGCAAACUAGCCUGAGGAAAAAUAUAGAAUGCCAAUGUGAAUUGCAGCUUCCCUUACGCAGAUUUCCAGCAUGUAUUCCUGAUAUUGAGCACCAAUUUUUCAGAUUUUGAGCAGCCAUGAAGCCUUCUAAUUUUGUCUGAGGCAGCUGUCCACAGCCCAUAAUUCCACAUUUACAGUAAGGCUUUAUUUGGCACGAUCUUUUUGAUGCUUCUUAAAGCUGCUUUUAAUAUAAAAAUCUUAAAUUUUUUUACUAAAAAGUUGCUUUAAGAAGCAGCAACAAAACCAUCUCAAACGGAGCAUAAAUCUCUGCAGUAAACUUUUCCUUUAAACUGUUAUUUCUAAGCUACCACUGUGUUCUUCCUAGACUCGUCUUUGCUCUCUUUCUUUUUUUAACAAAAAGCUGUUAUUUUGGCAACA